UAAGGUAUACUGGGUAGAAUUAGCUGAACCUGAACCAUUAUUAGCUUUUUUUAAAAUAUAUUUUUUAAGGGAAAUGUACAUUUGUGUCUCUGUCUUACAAUCAGCUGUAAACUUCUCUCUCUGUUAUUUGUGUUGUGGUUUUCAUAGUGGACAAGUCAUUUGCAGAGAGCGCCAUCCAUGCAGACUGAAAGUGGUCCUCUGCUGCCGUCAGGCGGUUAGAAAAAAAAUAAUGGCACCAGAUUCACAAGCCCCUCCGGUUUCUUGCCUUGCAGUAAAAUAUUAACUUGAUUUUUUUUUCUCUUUCUGUUCAAGGCAUCCUUUCUUAAAAGAUAGAGUUAUUUCUCAAGGUAGAAUAAAUAGAGACCAGGUAGAAUAAAAUAUCCGUCACCGUCAAGAAAAUGCGGCAUCCUUGAGUCACAAUCCAUGAUGAUCAUAGGCACUGUGAAACGCGCCACAGUGAUAAAUCUAGAGAUCAAAUAUGAUGCAGCUCAAACAAAAUUAUUUAACUGACAGGUAGAUUUAUCUAUGUUUUAUUUUAUGCAGAUAUUUUUGAAGUGUUCACAUAGAGAAAAGAUUUAUUAAUUGUUGUUGGAUGAACUUUCACAAUUUAUUUUACGUUAGCCUAAAUUUCUCUGCAAAACAAGAUUUAUAGAAAAUGAUAAACACUGGAUCUAAAUCUGUUGUUGGUCAAGGUGUUAAAUCAGUCACAUUUAGAAAAAAGAUAUAUGGGACAUCACACAGCAAGAUCAAAUGAUAAGUUAAACAGUCAGGUGUGCAUGCUGGGAAAUCUAUAGUUAUGCUAAAGUCGCCACAUGGCGCCACAUGUUAAAAUGCCUUUUGGAAACUGUCCCUCUCCAUACAUAUAGCUCUGAUGGAGUUGAGUCACUCUAACGUUUAACAGUGGUGUUUCUUUUGUUGUUGUGUUUUACAGUUGUUUUUCCUGGUUCAGCCAGCCCUAUAUUCCAGGCCCUGCUGAAAAUGCCACCAACAGUUUUGUCCUCCGCAGCCUUACCCCGUUUCUCAAGUGUCUGUCUGUGUGAAUGAGUGUGUGUGAAAUCAGAUGUCUCUCCCUGCCUCCCUCCCUUUCUUUCUCUCUCUCUCUCUCUUUUUUUUUUUAAAAAGGAAAUAUUUUAUUAUUAAAAUUAGCCUGUUUCCAGAUUACACAGCCAUGGAUGAUCAUCUGAUAAUAUUUUCUUUUUGAUUUUACUGUUUGGUUCUCUUCAGCUUUGGACAUAAUCUUUCAUGUCAUUUUCUCAUUAUUGCUGGCAUUAAACCUUAACUGUUUAGCACAUAUUAUGCUUGUGUAGCAUUUGCACAAUGUACUUUUGGUUUAAAUGUAGCAUUACAGAAAUGUGGUGGCCACGUUUAUUUUUUCAUGCUAAUGUAAGGAAGAGGCGGGUAAAGGUACAACUGAGUAUUUUUAAUAAAAGUUAUGGUAAGUGAUGUUGAAAUGUAUCUUUGUCUCUACAUCUAAAUCAUGAACUUUGUUUUUUUUUGUUUUGUAUCUCAAUGUUUUUGUGUGCUUUAUAGCGAAGCAGCCGGCGCAGGUCGCUUGUUCAUAAUGAAAUUUGAGAGCACAUCCCACGGGACAACUGGCUGUGCUUGCUAACGUUUGGUUCAUGACUUAAAAAACAAGUACAGGAGUCAUUCCUGAUGAAUCUAAAGCGAUGUCGCUUCUGGCUCCAGCCAACGCUGUAGCAGGAAUGAUGCCAGGAGGAGGUCUUCUUCCAACACCCAACCCUCUGGCCUCGAUAGGAGCAACCCCGUUCGGAGGUCUUGGGGCUCCCAGCAUGGACCAAAUAGCUGCUAUGGGAAUUGCGGGGCCCAACAUGAGUCCCCAAGCUUUUUCUGCGGACUUCCUCAAGCUUAUGCAGUCUAUUGACCCAAAGCUGAACCCACUGGCAGCCGGAUUAAACCUUGCCCCGGGUCUGAAGCCAGAUUCCUCCAACAAGGAGAUUGAAGAGGCGAUGAAGAGAGUCCGAGAGGCCCAGUCUCUGAUUUCUGCUGCCAUCGAACCUGGAAGUAAAAAAGAUGACAAGCGCAAACAUUCCCGAUCUCCUUCAAGGUCGCGCCGCAAACGCUCGAGGUCUCGGUCAAAACACAAACGUUCAAACAGCAGAUCUAGGCGAAGUUCCCAUUCAAGGAGCCGGAGGCGAUCCAAAAGUCCGAGGAGGAGGAGGACUCGCUCUCGGGACAGAAGCCGUCGCAGCAGAUCCAGGGACAGGAGAAAAGAAGAAAAGUCCAAGAAAAAAUCCAAGACGCCUCCUAAAAGCUACAGCAGUGCCAGGAGGUCUCGCAGCAUCAGUCGGAGGCGCAGGCGAAGUCGCACUGCUUCCCGGUCCCCAAGGAAACGGCCUUCCACGUCUCCGUCCGUCGGCCGCCACAAGAAGGAAAAGAAGAAGGACAAGGAUCGCGAGAAGAACCGCGAUAGGGACAGGAGGGAAGAGCGGAACCACACCAGAGACGAACGAGAACGCUCCACCAGCAAGAAAAAGAAGAACAAAGACAAGGAACGAGAGCGGGACCGCAAAUCCGACAGCGAGAAAGGAGACGUAAAAGUUACACGGGACUACGAUGAAGAGGAGCAAGGCUACGACAGCGACAAAGCAGGGGAGGAGGAAGAUGACAGGAGGAGCGAAUCGGAUUCUGUGUCAUCUCCCAAAGAUCAGGAGGACAUGGAGCGAGACGAGCGUCAAAUGUCCAAAAGGUCCAAACUAAACGGAGACGAUCGCCAUCAGGAGGACAUGGAGAUGAGCGACUAAGAACUUUCUGUGCCACCAUCUACUGAAUUCUUUUCCUAUUCCUAAUCUGGGCCUCAUUAUGUCUGUGCCUGAUAACUGUUAGCAGGUUUUUAUCUUAACAGCAAAAACCUUGUGGACAGAGGGCCUAGAUCUGGUCAUUUUUGUAAAGAUAAGAUCGGGACUAAAAUACAAAUGACAUGAAAUAUGGUUUUUAAACUAUGAUUUAUGCCAUUUGUUUAGCGAUCAUGUUUUUAAUGCUGUAUAGUUUUCCUGAAAACUGAACAUUUUCAGUAGGAUUGUUUUUCCCCACCUCUCUUGUCUUGACUUAAAAAUAUUUUCCUUGUUGUCAUUUAUCAACCAGCACCAUGUUUCUUUAAAUUGUGGCAAAGUUAAGAUGAACUUUAAUGCACUGUCAUGAAGCUGUUAACCAGAAAUAUAGUUGUGUGUAAACUGGCUCCAAUACAAUAACAAUUUCAAAACAAAGUGGCUUCAACUCUACUUAAGGCAGAGCAGUAAUAAUUGAUUUAAUUAAUAAUACAUAAACAUUUAUGCAGUUAAAAUGAAUCUAUCAUGUUAUUUCUGGAAGUGUACUUUUAAAUUACUGUAGCUGACUAACACAAUUUAGCUUUUGCUGCAGCAUAAUGUCCACCGUUUUUACUUUUUAGUAUGUUCCAUGUUGGGAUUUUUGCUGUACAGUUGAUAUAGAUUCUCACAGAAAACAUUUGGGAUUAAAGCAGCUGAAGUCAGGAUGAAAUGUCUGUUAAAUGUACAUGUUGAAUCAGGUCAAGAGGCACAAACACACUAGCAAAACUUUACUGUACAAAGGAAUGUCAUGGAACAAUGAAAACUGGGUUUUAAAUAAAAGCACUGUCUAAAUAA